GUGGGGAAGUAUCGCGGGAAGAGGGAUGGAGCCGAGCUCUUUAGAAGUCGCUAUGGUGACGGGGAGGUCGGGAAGCUUCUUGGUAGCUGGUGUCUUCUCUGCGAGAGCGAUGGGCACCGCUUUCGUGCAACUUAAGUGAAUACAGUCAAGUUGCAUUUUAAAAUUUUGCUGGAAAGCGGAAACAUGAGACUGAAGAUAUCUCUUCUAAAAGAACCAAAGCAUCAAGAAUUAGUAAGCUGCGUGGGCUGGACUACUGCUGAAGAACUGUAUUCAUGCAGUGAUGAUCACCAAAUAGUGAAGUGGAACUUGUUAACCAGUGAAACAAGUCAAAUAGUAAAGCUCCCGGAUGAUAUUUACCCAAUAGAUCUUCACUGGUUUCCAAAAAGUUUAGGCACAAAGAAACAAACUCAGGCAGAAAGUUUUGUCCUCACAAGUUCUGAUGGUAAAUUUCAUCUGAUUUCUAAGUUAGGAAGAGUGGAAAAAAGUGUAGAAGCUCACUGUGGAGCAGUACUUGCAGGAAGAUGGAAUUAUGAAGGAACGGCAUUGGUUACAGUGGGAGAAGAUGGACAAAUAAAAAUCUGGUCAAAGACUGGAAUGCUAAGAUCAACUUUAGCUCAGCAAGGAACACCAGUGUAUUCAGUGGCGUGGGGCCCUGAUUCAGAAAAGGUUCUUUAUACAGCAGGCAAGCAGCUGAUCAUUAAACCUCUUCAACCCAAUGCUAAAGUUUUACAGUGGAAAGCUCAUGAUGGCAUUAUUUUGAAAGUAGAUUGGAACUCAGUCAACGAUUUAAUUUUAUCUGCUGGUGAAGACUGUAAAUACAAGGUAUGGGAUAGUUAUGGCCGUCUUUUGUACAGUUCACAACCUCAUGAGCAUCCUAUUACCUCAGUUGCCUGGGCUCCAGAUGGAGAAUUAUUUGCUAUUGGCUCGUUUCAUACCUUACGCUUGUGUGAUAAAACUGGGUGGUCAUACGCUUUAGAAAAGCCCAGCACCGGCAGCAUAUUUAAUAUUGCAUGGUCCAUUGACGGCACUCAGAUCGCCGGAGCCUGCGGAAACGGGCAUGUUGUUUUUGCCCACGUGGUGGAGCAGCGUUGGGAGUGGAAAAACUUCCAAGUGACAUUAACGAAAAGGAGGACUAUGCAGGUUCGUAAUGUUCUUAAUGAUGCAGUGGAUUUACUGGAAUUCCGUGAUAGAGUCAUUAAAGCAUCUUUGAACUAUGCACACUUAGUUGUUUCAACGUCUCUUCAAUGUUAUGUGUUCUCUACAAAGAACUGGAACACACCACUUAUAUUUGAUCUCAAAGAAGGAACUGUUAGUUUAAUUCUGCAGGCAGAAAGACAUUUUCUUCUUGUAGAUGGUGGUGGUAUCUAUUUAUAUUCUUAUGAAGGACGCUUUAUUUCUUCUCCAAAAUUUCCUGGAAUGAGAACAGAUAUUCUAAAUGCACAAACUGUGUCUCUGAGUAAUGAUACCAUAGCAAUAAAAGAUAAAGCUGAUGAAAAAAUAAUCUUCCUCUUUGAGGCAUCAACUGGAAAACCAUUAGGUGAUGGGAAGCUUCUUUCUCAUAAGAGUGAAAUUUUGGAAAUUGCUCUAGAUCAAAAAGGACUUACCAAUGAUAGAAAAAUUGCUUUCAUUGAUAAAAAUAGAGAUCUUUAUAUCACCUCAGUGAAACGAUUUGGGAAGGAAGAACAAAUUGUCAAACUCGGAACAAUGGUGCACACUUUGGCGUGGAGUGAUACGUGCAAUAUCCUUUGCGGACUUCAAGAUACUCGAUUUACAGUGUGGUAUUACCCUAACACAGUUUAUGUGGACAGAGACAUUUUGCCUAAAACAUUGUAUGAAAAGGAUGCAAGUGAAUUUAGUAAAAAUCCCCACAUUGUGAGUUUUGUUGGCAAUCAGGUAACUAUAAGAAGAGCUGAUGGCUCGCUGGUUCACAUCAGCAUAUCACCAUAUCCUGCUAUUCUGCAUGAAUAUGUAAGCAGUUCAAAGUGGGAAGAUGCUGUGAGACUUUGUCGCUUUGUUAAGGAACAAACCAUGUGGGCUUGCCUAGCUGCUAUGGCAGUUGCUAAUCGAGAUAUGACUACUGCAGAAAUAGCCUAUGCAGCAAUUGGUGAAAUUGAUAAGGUUCAAUACAUCAAUUCUAUAAAAGAUCUUCCAUCUAAAGAAUCAAAAAUGGCCCACAUAUUAAUGUUUAGUGGGAACAUACAGGAGGCUGAAAUAGUACUUCUUCAGGCUGGCCUUGUUUAUCAAGCAAUCCAGAUCAAUAUUAAUCUCUACAACUGGGAAAGGGCACUUGAAUUGGCUGUAAAACACAAAACACAUGUUGAUACAGUUCUUGCCUACCGUCAAAAGUUUUUGGAAACAUUUGGUAAACAGGAAACUAAUAAACGAUACUUGCAGUAUGCAGAAGGUCUCCAAAUAGAUUGGGAGAAAAUCAAAGCCAAAAUUGAGAUGGAAAUUACUAAAGAACGAGAGCGAUCGCCCAGCGGCCAGUCCAGCAAGAAUAUAGGUCUAAAGUACUAAAUGCCAUGCUUACCUCUAAGAAGUUUUACCUUUCGAAACUAAUUCUGAUUAGCCAAGGGUAAGCAUGUGUUCUUAGCUAAACAAAGGCAGAAUCUUUAAGCAUAAGCACUUUCAGUGUAUUUAAUACUAAAAGUAUAUUCAAAAAGAUUAAGCACAAAAUAAUUGAUGUAAUUUUGUCUUUUUUAGUCCAAUAAUUCACAAAACAUUCCUAUAUAUUUAUAAUAUGCCUAUGUAGUGUUGCUUGCAUUCCAGUUUUUUGCCUGUUAUUUUAUCCCUGAAUCUUCAGCAUAGACAAAUAUUAAUGCUGAAAAUAAAAUAUUGGACUCCUUAAAAUGCAUGUUAUCAUUAAUUUCCAUUUGACCCCUGAAUCAUAAAGUGCCCUAAAAGUUUAUUUAUACAACAAAAAUACUUAAGGAUGGAUUUAUGAAAAUCUACAAUACAUAUAGUUGUGCACCAGUGUUCAUAGCAGUGUUACUCACAGUAACAAAAAGAUGACAGAAAGAUGAGUGGAUAACAGAUGAGUGUAUAAACAGAAUGUGUAUACAUAUAGUGGAAUAUUCGUCAGCCUUAACAAGGAAUGAAAUUCUUGAACAUGCUAUAACAUGGAUGAACUGUGAAGAUAUUACGCUAAGUGAAAUAAACUGACACAAAACGUCAAAGUGUAUGAUCCCACUUAUUGGAGGUACCUAAAAUAGGCAAGCUCAUUGACACAGAAAUGAGAAUAGUGGCUGCCAGGGGCUGGGAGAGGGGACAAUGGGGGAAUUAUUGUUUGUUUAAUGAGUACAGAAUUCCUGUUUGGGGCAAACAAGUUCUGAAAUGGAUAAUGGUGAUAUAACAUUGUGAAUGUUCUUAACGCCACUGAAUUGUACACUUGAAGAUAGCUAACGUGGCAGAUUCUAUUAUAUAUUUUACCAUAAUUUUAGAAAUAUACCUAGAAUGGGCAAGAAAUAUUUUCCUUAUUCUUCUCCUGAUUUGAGAAUGUUCAGGUACUAGGCCUUGGAGUCUGAGUUUGUGAAGAUCUUCUUAAAUGAUACACCUGUUUGACUAGUUUUUAUUCAAUAUGUCCCAAAAUUAUUACUGCAAAAGCUUUUUAACAUUAACAGAAGUACUUAGAAAGUCUUCCGUGAGGUCAUUUU